ACUCUGUCGACAUAAUUUCACAUGGUUUUGUUAUAUACUAUACACUCUCUAGACGAUCAGAAAACGGCAUCAUGAGCGUUGGAGAAAAAUCCCCCAAUUUUGUCUGAGCUAUUCACAUACAUUCUCACGGCUUCAUACUCAGCAACAUCCUCCCCUUUCAAGUUCUUUCUCGGACAAACGGACAUUAUAUCAACUUGGUUCUGAGAAGCUCAGCCAGCUACUUCCAAGUAUCACAAUGAGCAGAGCAGGCCCCCGACCAGGGGACAUUUACUCUCCCGUGAUGAGAUUCAUACCGUCGGCCAAAUUGAGGCCCAAGACCGGCCGACUACAAUCUCUUAUCGACAGACGAUCCAUCAAGAGGGUCAGGUUUGCGCAGAUGGACGCGACAAAGCCUCCGCCGCAAAAAGACUUUCCUCCUCGCCUGUCUCCCCAGGCUGCGAGGCUCGAGGGUGAACGAUGCACCUCCAAGUUCCCUCCGAUCGUCGUCCGCGAUGCCUGUCGGUGCGAGCAGUGCGUCGACCCGUCCGACAGACAACGCAACUUUUCCUAUUCCGACAUCCCCCGCACGAUUGGAUUCGACCGGGUGUCUUACGACGAUGACGCCAAAGAGGUUCAAAUCUCCUGGUCGAACGACAUCCCGUCCCAGAGUCAAGCACAUCGGAGCGUCUUCAGCAAGGACGUCAUCUCGAGGCUGAACAGGAAGUUCCGCAACCCUCACUGGGACCUCUACCAGCGGCCCGUGAAGCUCUGGGGUCGCGACACGUACACACAAGCCACGUCCCGCGUCGACUUCAACGACUACAUGACGAACAAGCAGUCCUUCGCGGAAGCCAUGCACCUACUGUGGCGCGACGGCCUCUUGUUCAUCGACGGCGUCCCCGAGUCCGAAGGGUCGGUCUCGCAGAUCGUCAACCGAAUCGGACCCCUGCAACAAACCUUUUACGGUCCGACGUGGGAUGUGCGUUCUGUGCCCAACGCCAAAAACGUCGCCUACACGUCCAAGUACCUCGGCUUCCACAUGGAUCUGCUGUACAUGCGGGACCCUCCGGGGUUCCAGUUCCUCCACUGCGUGCACAACAGCGCGACGGGGGGAGAGUCUCGCUUCGCCGACACCUUCCGGGCGCUCGACCAGAUCUUCCAGCAACACCCCAUGUACUACGAGAUGCUGAGGGACAACCUGGUCCGCUACGAGUACGACAACGACGGCUUCUUCUACUCGGACGCGAAGCCAACCGUCCAGUCCAACGACGCCCUCAACGUCCCUUCCCGGCCGGUGCUCAACUCCAAAUCCACGGAGAUCAGCAACGUCGCCCACUGUUUCUGGUCGCCCCCUUUCGUGGGCCACAUCCCUUCCCGCUUGGCUCCAGACGAGCUGGUCAAGUUCAUCGGCGCGAGCAAGUUGCUCUCUCAACAUCUCGAGAUGCCCGAGAACGUUGUCGAGGAGAAGAUGGACAGCGGCACGUGCGUCAUCUUUGACAACCUGCGCAUCGUGCACGCUCGAAACGCCUUUGACAAGAACUCGGGCAAGAGAUGGUUGAGGGGUGCCUACCUUAAUCGCCAGGACUUUGUGAGCAAAGCUGCGUCGGUCAUGGCCGACAUGCCGCCCGAAGUGAAACUCGGUCGAGAAUCAUCGAUUGAAUGA